AUGGCGGCACACCGGCGCUUGUGGGCUCCACGGCCGAGUGGUUUGAUGCAGGAGGCUGGUUCCACGGCAGAGUUCCCCAACGUCGCUGGCCUCCACGCUUUCUCUGGCUGGAGGAAGGAUGCUGUGGAGAGCACCAUGAAUGCUUACAAAGCUGCUAAGGAUAUUGCUCUUGCUGAUCUGGCUCCAACCCACCCGAUCAGGCUUGGGCUGGCCCUCAACUUCUCAGUGUUCUACUAUGAGAUCCUGAACUCCCCUGAUCGUGCUUGCAACCUUGCAAAACAGGUCUGUGUUCAGGUUGGAGUAGGGUUGAUGGUCCUUCAACAUUUUGGGGGUGUGAAUGCCAUUUGCUUUUAUGCCAGUGAAAUAUGUUUCAGCUGGUUAGGAAAAAACAAAAAGAGAAGCAUGGCUGUCAUCGCCAUCAUCGUCACAACGGACACCAGCAGUGUCAACUGCCAAUCCAAUGCCAUAGCAUCGUGA